AUGAUCAACAUCUCUAGGUUGUCAAGUUACACCAAGAAGGAUAUCCAGAACUUGAUCCUACUCCUUCAGGAGUUCAUCAACACCUAUAGAAUAAGCAAGGUCAAGCUCAACUACCAAUCCCGGCCUGUCAUCCUUUUCUUGAGUACCUUGAUAGCAACCGCUGGCCUAGGUGCAUAUUACACCAUUCGAAACACCAUUACCAAAUACAAUGAAUACACACUAAAUCGAAGAUUAAGAAGACCCAGUUUAAUUAGACAAUCGUCUACGAUUUUGGAGAAUGGAGCUAGAGAAAUAAUUAUCCCCAAAGAAGGUUCCUUAAAGCAAGGUAAGUUUACGAGAAUUAUCAUUCCUAAACCAAACAAUGAUAGGUAUGCCGCUGACAAAUACUUGUACAAAGACUUUACUAAGAACUUUGAAUUACAAAGUAAAGGCAAGGGUGCUGUGGUAAAUUCUAAAUUCUUGAACCAAUUAAGUAUUAUCUGGAGGAUCUUAGUCCCUAGAUUCUACUGUAAAAACACUUCCUUAUUGCUUUCCCAGUGUUUCUUUCUUAUUUUCCGAACCUGGCUUUCGUUAUUGGUUGCGAAAUUAGACGGUCAAAUAGUUAAGAAUUUGAUUUCGGGAAACGGAAGAAAGUUCCUGCGAGAUUUAAUCUAUUGGUUAUUGAUUGCAUUCCCGGCAUCCUACACCAAUGCUGCUAUAAAAUACUUGGAAGAUAGAUUGGCAUUGGGAUUUAGAACAAACGUGACCAGAUACAUUCAUGAUAUGUACCUCGAUCAAACAUUUGCCUACUACAAGAUUGGAGUCAAUAAUCCCGAAAUCGACAAUAUUGACCAAUACAUCACUGAAGAUCUUACUCAUUUCUGUCAUUCCUUAAGUUCCUUGUUUUCAUCCAUGGGUAAACCAUUCAUCGAUUUGAUUUUCUUUUCAGUAUAUCUUCGUGACAAUUUAGGUACUGGUGCAUUAUUGGGUAUCUUUAUCAACUAUUUUGCCACUGCCAUGUUGUUAAAACGUGCAACUCCGGCAUUUGGAAAACUUUCAUCGCAAAGGGCACAAUUGGAAGGUGUUUAUUUCAAUCAGCACUUGAACUUGAUGACCAAUUGUGAAGAGAUUGGAUUCUAUGGCGGUUCUCUAAUUGAAAAGACUAAAUUAUUGGAGAAUUUCAAAAAGUUGAUGAAUCACAUCUCCAAGGAGAUCAAUAUCGGAUUUUGGUAUUCGGCUUUGGAAGACUAUGUGUUGAAGUAUACUUGGUCCGCAUGGGGAUACAUCUUCUCCGGGUUACCUGUUUUCUUGGACGAACUUUGGCCCAAGCAAGAGGGAGAAGCCGAAAAGGCAGUUGAAGAUGCUGCUGCAGAAAGAAGAAACAUGCGUCAGUUUAUCACCAACAAGCGACUCUUGUUAUCACUUGCCGAUGCCGGAUCUAGAUUGAUGUACUCCAUCAAGGAUGUCAAUACCUUGACUGGUUACACUGACCGAGUAUUCUCCCUCUUGACGCAACUCCAUAGAGUUCAUUCACCAAGGUUCGAUUAUGGUGCUACCAAAGGAAUCGCUGAUAUCAGAGGAACCAUCCAAAACAAUUAUGUAUCAGGCUUGAGAUUUGAACAUAUCCCUGUUAUCAUUCCUACCAGCCAAGGAUCAGAAUACUCACCUUUGAUUUCCAAUAUUAACUUCACGCUCAGUCCCAACAAAAACAUGUUGAUUCUCGGAUCAAACGGAAGUGGUAAGACUUCAAUUGCCAGAAUAAUUGCUGGACUUUGGCCAUUGUACAGUGGAUUACUCUCCAAGCCAAAUGAUGAUGACAUGUUCUACCUUCCUCAAAAAACCUACUUCACCACCGGUAACCUCCGUGAUCAAAUCAUUUAUCCAUACACCUACACCGAUAUGUUGGAAAUGGGAUACAAUGACGAUUACUUGUACCAUAUUCUUCGUGAAGUAAAGUUGGAAUAUCUUCUUACCAGAGAGGGAAGUUUCAAUGCUGUGAAAGACUGGAAGGAUGUGUUUAGUGGUGGUGAAAAGCAAAGAAUGAGUAUCGCCCGAGUAUUAUUCAAACAUCCAAAAUUGGUUAUUUUAGACGAGAGUACCAAUGCUGUCAGUACGGAUGUUGAAGAUUAUCUUUUUGAAUUGUUACAAUUGAAAAAGAUCCCAUACGUUACAUUAUCUCAUCGUCCUUUGUUGAUGAAGUAUCACGAUUAUUUACUUGAAAUUGACGACCAUGGCGGUUGGAAAUUCCAGGAUUUGACCAGUGUGGAGAACUUACAGAGUAUCGAUAAUGAAAUCGCCGAAAUUGAAGGAAAGUUGAACAUGGCUGAGAAAUGGGAAACCAGAAAGAAGUGUCUUGAACAGUACUUGGAUGGUCAAAUUGAUGAAGAUGAUAUGGCUGCUCUUGAUGGUGAGUUGCCUAUUAGAUCAAUGCCUCUUGAUUUAUCAAUUAGUCAAACUGUUUAG